AUGACCAAGUUACAAAAGUCGUUAAAGCAACAACAGCGGCUCUCAGUCCGUAACAGCCCGCAUGUCGCCAAAUUGACACCGGCCGAGAUUCGGUCAUUGAACCACAGUGCAUUGGCCUCGAAAGCAGGUAGCCAGUCUAGUUCGAAAGGGGCUUCCCCAGCCAGGUCGAGGCGCUCGACCAACGUCACUCCGCCAGCGAGUCUCGACCAUCCACCGGCCUCUGAAGCGCAAAAGCGCAACAGUUCCAUCUCAAGACACUCGAGUCUCAACAUAACUACGCCACCCAUCACGCCGACUGAUCAUCGAAGGUCAUCCCAGUCCAGUAGACAUGGCCCUAGUCCAGUUCAAGCUCAGGGAAAUGGCACCCCGGUCCACUCUCCACGUCCUCGAGGAUCGACCCAAGCAGCCUUCAUGGUGGCCAACGGAAUCUCCUCUCGGCCUUCCAGCUCCGGAUCCUCAAUAUAUCGUGGACUCCCCACUUACAGAGGGCCUGAGGUUACUCGGACGGGGUCACUGAAUAUGCUUGAACGACCUCCGCCAAACAUUGUCGCAAAUCCUCUAUCUUAUUUCUCGAGACCACGACAGAGCGUCGUCGGCUCGUCACCCGACCGUGGUCGACACCAUUCCCAAGACUCUGAUGGACCUCGAGCUCAAAGUCUGCGCAGUGCUCGUACCAAAUCUCUGCACAGCCUCAACGACCCACCUUCCAGGCCGGCUAGCCCACCCAGAGUUACUGAUUCUCCCGUAUCAAUGCUUGUUGAGGAGACCGGGAAGUUUUCUGUCUUGGAUGUUGAUGACCCUCACAAUCAGCCCAAGCUACAAGGUGAUGACGAAGGGAACAAACCCGAUGCCAUCGCAGAACAGAUCAAGGAGGAGACGGCUAACGUGCCGGCUUCCUCAAUCGGCCAGCAAACCCAGAUCCAGGAAGAGCAGUCUCCGAAGAAGGAUCCCAGGAAGAGGUUUACCAUCGUCGGUGGACUAUUUGGGAAAGAUAGAAAUGGUCUAGAUGGAUCGGACAGUACAGGCAAGCUGAAGAAGAUCAGGCGGCGCACGAUGUCCGCUCCUAAAGAGCGCGAAAUUGAGAAGCCAGCAGCUGAGACCUGUACGCAUGCCACGGUCAAAGAAGGGUCCAACAUGGAGGAAGCGACCGCUGCGCACGGUGAUUUUGCCACGCAUCCAGCUGUUCGACCUUUGUCUCUCAUCAUUCCAGCCCAGUUUGAGGGAAAGGAAAAGCAGAUCGAUGCCGGCCCCGUCUAUGCUCGAUGCGACUGCUGCGGUAAACUGAAACGUCCUCCGGGCUUUGCAAGUGAGCUUAGUCCGGUGCUCGAAAACGAGAACUUGAGGACAAACUUCAGUUUCGAGAUCGAGCGGACAUCCCUAAUUGUACGGAGGAGACGAAGCUCCGAUGUUAGCCGAGACAAAUUCACACCGAUCAUUCCCAUCGAAGUCGGUGAGAACGAGACUCGUCAAGCGGCAAUUGAACCGUACAAAGGGCCGAAAGGUCCAGUCAGCCCGGUCAGCCCGGUCAGCCCACCUAGACAACCGAUACUCGCAAGCAAGGCAAGUCCUAGAAAGUCAAAGAGGCACUCUGAUCCACCCAGGUUCGUCCGGUUUGGAAGUCUGCAUGGGCGGAGAAAUACCGACCCAACCGUUAUUGAUGAGGAAGAGGAGGUUGAGGUGGAAGUCGGCACACCCAUGGAGGAUGCCGGUAAUUUCAAAAUCCAAGACUUUGCUCCUGUGGAGGAAGUCUCAAAAAGCCGACCCCUUGUUGAACAAGAGGGAAAUGGCGCCUCUUCCGUUGAACAGUACUGCCUGUUAUCUGCCACCACUGAAACAGCGGCUCCCGACAUCUCAAGACCAACGACGAAACCGUUCCAACCGCCCAACUUCUCCAGACCAGCGCGCCAAACCAUCCGAACGAUCGAGACUCGAACUGCGGAGCAGCAGGCAACAAGUGGCCCAACAUCUCCGGCAGAGCAGCCAAGAUCGUUGCUUAGCCUGCCUGAACCGUCUCUCGGGCCACAGUUUGCACGAAGCAACACCAUCUUGAGAAGUUUCGUCUGGGAAUCGCCCAAGACGGUCACCGAUCAUGACCGCGCAGUACUCGGCAUGGACUUGAGUAGUUCUCCUACGGCGAAUGGAGGUGGUGCUUUCUCAGCAGCCAUGAGUCAGCCGCAGACUCAGCUGCUGGACCCAAACCAUCGGAAGGGGCACAAAUGGGUUGCUGAGGUCAUGGCCGUGUGA